CACGCAAGUUAAGCUUAAAUGUUAAAAAAUGCGUUUAAAAAAAACAACCAAAAAAAAAACAAGUCUAUAAUGAAGGUCUCUGCGUAUCCACUAUACUUUCGUUCGCAGACGAUGUGGCGGAAGUUAGGGUAAGAUCUGCGUGCGCAUCAUCAUCAGUGAGUAGAGAAUCCAUUUCACAGCUGUAAAAAUCAACAACCUUUGUGACUUCAUUGUUUACAAAAUACAAGUAAAUUAUGUUCAGAUUGGUUUUUGUUGAUUUUAUAGUUAGAUAACUGUUGUUUAUUGGCAAAUACUUUUUUUGCUGAGAUUUGGUACGAAAAUACGGUUAGAAUCAUCUAAAAUGUUACCUCUACUCAAAACAAAAAACUUAACAAUCUUAAUUUUCUGAUUCUUAAGUUAGUUAGGACUUGCAAUAUCAGAGGUUACAAUUUUACUAAUUUACACUGUCUUUCCGUGAUUCUAUAUUUAUUAUGAAUAUGUACUUUAGCAAUUUAAAGAAAUACCUAUGGUUGUGUUUUACUUCUGAAUAUCUACUUCCAUUGCUAGUAGUCUUAAGUAGUAUUUGGACCUUUUACUUCUACAAAAAUUAAGUCUAAGUACUAAAAAAGUGGGAAGGCUAAUUAAAUUUAAGUUGUCAGUUGUCAUGUAAAGUAAUAUUCUGAAGGUGGACUGAGAUAUCAGAAAAUAUCCCGGUGGGGGUGGGCUACCGGGGAUGAUGAUAUUUAGGCUGUCUGAGCCGCCUCUCAUAUUAUUAUUAGUAAUAUUAAAAUUAGGUACCCUGAACAAAAUUUUCAAAAAGAAGUUACAGCAGUGAUGACAGCAGCCUUAAAGUUUAAGCCUAGUUAUUUAGAUAGGCUUGGACAAGAAAAAAAAUGUGGUCAAUUCUUGAGAGAGAGCUGACACUGCUUAAUAUACAUGAAGGAAAUGUAGUCAGCAUACCCAAAUAGUCACUGUUUUGAAACUAAUAAAAUUGUUGGGGGAGGGGGGAUUUAUUUGCCUAUUCUUGUAGUUGUAGAUAUGAUAAUUGGAUGCUUUAAAAAGUGUUUUUCAUGAAAAUUGUAACUGGUGGAGAUUAUAACAGAAAUGAGAAAAUAGUAGACUUAGCUUAAGUCUUAAGUCAACUUGGUAUAUAUUUCCAAAGAAAUUCAUGAUAAAAAAAUUGGAAAACACAGUACUGUUAUGAAUCCAAACCUCUUUAAAAUGAUAUUUCACAAAAUCUAUUCAUAAAAGAAAUGACAGCAAAUCACAUUUUUUCCCAGUGCUUAUGCAAUGUUUUUUUACAUUUUUAAGUGGACAAAAAGUUGAUUUGUCACUAGCAGAAAAAUGAUUUAUCCAAGUACCUAUUCCCCUAUUUAUAUAUCUAUUAAAGGCUGAUGAUAUAUUCAUUGUUUUUGUUUAUUAAGAGUAUAUUCAUUAUUGAAAUCUUAGGUGUUUAGGCUAUUAUUAUUGGUGUAUAGGCCCCCAUUAUUUUGUUAUGACAUUUGACUUAAAUUAGUCAUGAUUCAAUUAUAAAAUUAAAGUGUGAUUUAGACAAAGCAAUUAAUAAGGCCUUCUUUUUAUGAAUUAAGUAUUUACUGACUUAAUAGAGUAGUCUCUAUUAGAUCCUAGAAUUGGAACUAAGAUUAAUAUUAUUCAACAAUGUAUGAUUAUCAACUCAAGUUAUUCUUUUCUUUAACUUUUUAAACCUGAGGCUUGACCUGAGGAGAUAAAAUAUUUGAAAAAAAUUUGAGUAAUGUCAGAGAUCAAAAUAGUAAAAUACCAAUGAUGAAAGCAACAUAUUCAGCCUUUUCCUUCUAACAAUUAAAUUUAAUACUUGAAAGUUAAAUUAAAGAAACUUAGCUAAAUAUUGGGCUAAAUUAUUGAUUUUCCCAUAUUAGGACAUAUGCCUGUAAUGCUCAAUGUUAUUAGGCCUAUGGGGUCAUCCAUAAAUAACAUCACACAUUUAGGUGCAAAAAAGGGUUUCACAAUUUUUGUGAUGAUGUGUUAUGAAGGUGUCAAAAUUUUGUGACAAAUUUGUGUCAUUUUAGCCUGAGCUGCAGACAAAACACUGCUUUGUAUAAAGCUAAAUUCUAUAAGUUUGUUUCAGUUCAGCUUUGGUGACUUUAACUCUAAUAUAAUGAAUAAUAUUGUUUACUGAUAGCAGUGAUGACUAUUGCUUUGUUUUAAAGAGAGGGAGAGAGUAAUUCAAACAAAAUGUCAGGUGUACUUGUAAUGACGAUACAUUACAUUGACAUAUAAAAAGUAGAUACUUCGAUGAAAGAAGGGAGACUACUAUUUUUUUUGUAUCGGAAAUGGGCGUCGGCGCCGAAAAAUCCGAGUUUUUAAUUUUCCGAUGUGUGUGUCUAUUUAUUAUUAAAUUAGUUCUUUCCACAUAUAUUUGAGUUCCGUUUCCGGCCUUAUAAUUUGGAAGACAUCUUGGCCUACAUUUCUAGCCAGCUAUUUUGCUUUUUUCAAUCGACCUUUAUUUUGAAAAUCUUUGGUAUAUAUAAGGCAUCUUCGCAUACAAAAUUUUUUGUGAAAUAAUAAGAUAAGGUCCUUUUUGAUUAAAUCUGUAUGAGCAUUAGAUAUUGAUCUAUAUCUGUGCCAAGUUUCAUUGAUGUAGGUCGUGUCUCACGUUUGUUACACUUGUCACAGUGACCCAUAUCACCAUAAGGUGGCUCAGCCUAAUUUCGACAUGGCGUGGGCCACGCCCCCUUUUUAAUGGCGGAAGUUGCCGAUACUUAGGAAAUAUUUAAUUAUUACCACUAUAUACAUCAAAAUAUUUUAUAUUUUGUGUUUCAGAAUGCAUUUUGAAGACAUUUAAACUGGAAAUGUUUUAAUUUGAGCUUUAAAAACCCUGCAGAGUCCAUAAUAUAAAUGAUCAGAAUUUUCCGUGUGCAACACGUUGUCAUUGGCAACCAUUCACAGCCACUUGCAUAACGGCUACGUUGUAGUACUAUCUCAGAGUUUCAUUCAUAAGAGUUUGCCGUGUGCAAAAGCUAUUAAACCAUUGGUCAGGGAAAGCUUUUAUUAAUUAUUCAUGUGCCAAAGUUGAAAGUUUAAAAUAAGUCGACCCUAAACAGUAUUUUAGUGAUAAGGGAAUGCAUUGCCUUAUAUAAACUAUAUAGUCAUUGCGCAUGACGCGAUCAGUGGAAUGAGGUCACAGAAUGUGGAGAUGCAGUCUAUGUUAAAAAAUGACAAACCAAGUCGUACUUUAAAAAUUCAUAACUUUAAAACUACAACAGCUAAAAAUAUGAUUUUGGUGUUAUAAUUAUGUUUAAAAUUAGCUCUAUUCAACUGUGCCAUUGGUUUAUUUUUAAAAAAUGUUUACAUUUUUGACCAAAGUAUCUAUAAAAAGGUUGUCUGAAAAUGUUAUUCAAACAUGUUUUAUGAUUAAGGUCUGGAAUUUCUUUUUCUUAAUUACUUAGUCACUUAUUUUUUAAUCAAAUUUUGAAAGGGUAUGCCAGAGAUUCUGAAAACUAAUGGAAUUUUUAAUGAUUUUAGCUAACUUAUGUAAUGAGAAUCAAAAGUCUUGCUUGUAUUUAAUACAGCUCAUUAUACCUUUAUGAGAAAAACAAUAUAAUAACUUCAAUUUUCAGUUCUAUGAACAUUAUGUAAAUCUUAAUACCGGUAUUUCCUGUUCUUCAUAUUAUUUUAAACAGCUUUUUAACAAAAUUAAUUGGCUUUUAUUACAUUGAUUUAAAUUAAGAUAAAAGUAAUUAUUUUGUGUUAAUGCUAGAGCUAGACAAAUGCUAUAAAUUAUGUUAGCUAUAAUUACAAAAUAUCUAACAAAUGCCAAAUGAUUUAUGGAUGAAAUUUUUAUUUAUAAAAUUAAAAAACAAAACCACUUUAACUUUGUUAAAAAUCUUAAUUUGAACUUUCUUUAAUAAUUAUUUCUCUGUGAUUGUCUGAUAAAUAUAAAAAUAUUUUAUUGAAAAGAUUUAGAUUUAGGCAUAAAACUAAUUAAUUGUUUUUAAUGCCAAGUUGUGUAAAAAAUGUAGUAAAGCCUAGAAGCUUGUUUUAUUUGGCUACAGCAGUGGGUCUGGCAAUGACAUAUCCAAAUUUGACUUUAUUUAGUUUCAGUCUAAGUAAAAGCUGAACAUAAAAGUAUAAUUUUAUCACAUGCAAUAUACGAAUUCAUUGUUAGCAGGGUAAAGGUGGGUACGAUGGGUGAUCAUCCCACAGGCGCCAAGGAGACAAAAUUUGUUAAAAUCAAACAAAAAUGUUUUCUGAACUCUUCCCAUAAUUUUCCAGAGGGUGAUAAUUGCCUAUUUUCACCCAACCUAAAAAUGUCUAGCUGCCGGCCCUGAUUGUUGUUCAUACUAAGCUAAAUAUUUAGUCAGACUGUAGUGACAUAUUAAACACUGCUUCAUUGCAGUCACUCAAGAUGAUAAGUCCUUGUUUAACAUGAGUGUUGUAUUUUAAUUUCUCAUCAGAAUGAAAAAUGCUUUCAAUUACUUUCUGGUGCUUAAGAUAGUAAUUUCUACUUUGUGCUUAAUGAGGUUGUCAGUGUAAAACCUGUCAAUCUCUUCAUAUAAAAACUAGUUUGCUAAUUAAUUUCAAUAUGGAAGAUAAAUUUACUAUGCACAACAAAUAUCCCUACUCAAAGAAAAGCAAUCAUAUUUAUUCAUAACAUAAUAUUAAAAACAUUUGAAAUAUGAACAGAAAUUUUAAAGAAAUAUACACUAUAAAUAUAAUUUAAAAUUUAAAUAUCUCUUAGCAUCAACUGUGGUUUUAUUAUAUUUUUUAACAAGUAACCAUUAAUAAAUUUAAUAAUUUAAACUUUGCAUCUAGUUAACAUCCCUUAAAUCCCUUUGCUGUUUAAAAAUAGGUUAUUAAAGACAUACAUUAAAAACUUGGUGAUGGAAGAAGUUAAUGACAUUGUUUUCAGGCGCCCUAAAUAUAAAUAAUAAUAAUAUGACAACUGCUAGUUAUUCAGUUAACUUUGUUUAAAGCUAGAUUGAACUUUUGGCUAACAGACCUUAUUGAAAAAGUUAUGCAAAAUUUUCUCUAUGCAGACUACAUCUGGCAUGUGCUGGGUGUGUGUGGUAGCAUAUGGAUGCUCUAUGUGAAGAGCCGGCGGGGGGUAGUAAACGCAGGCGCGGUGCAGGGGUCAAUUCUAACACUACAAAGUAAGUACAAAAACAGCUUACCUAAAUAAGUUGUUCCAGAGAAUAAUGCAAAUUUGUUAUACUUACAGUACUCUGUUUAUUAUUCACGCUUUGUUUGUACAUAAUGCUGGUGGUACCAUUUUAUUGGUAAAUAUCAUGUCUUUGAAAAUGUAUUGCCAAAAAUAAUGAAACUAUGUACCGGUAGUUCUUAAAAGCACAGAGAAUUUGGCUUUCAUUUAUGCACUUUUUCCUCAAGAAUGUAUGAUGUCACAUCACUAAAAAUAUAAAAUAACAUUAGAAAGUAAUUUAUUACUUAGUUAUAUAAUUUGUACUCAUCCUUAUUGUGCAACUGGACAUAAUGGUCAUACGUUUUCCAAUUUUUGUUUAGAUCAGCAGCAACUGAUUCAGCACCUGCUAAUAAGCCUCGUAGAGGUAGAAAAUCUAAGUCUAAGAAAGAGAAGGCCUCACCUGCAUUGUCAGCAGAUCUACCACAUCAAGGAUCUUCAAAAUCAUCCAAGUUUGAACUUGGUGUACCAAAAGAGGAUCUCACAGUAGCAGCUGAUGUGAUUUGCAGUGAAACUGUAACAUUGGGGAAAGGAAAGGGAAAAUCAAAAGGAAAACAACGAUCUUUAAGGCCUAGGAAGUCAAACACCUCCCUAGCUGAGGCUGAUUUGGAGGCUGCAGCCUUUAGGUACAUUACAGAGUCAUUUGAUGAGCCUGUGAGGGACGUAUUUGUAAGGAAUAAAGGAAAAGGUAAAAAACGAAAAGUUCCAGAAGUAAUUCAUCUGUCACCUAAAUCUGAUUUACCAGAGGAAGUUGAAGAAGAGUCAGGUAAGUGUUUUGAGGAAUUUAAAUUCAAUUUUUCAUUUUAUUUUAGAAAAUCACUUGACAAAAAGUAUGGCUAUAAGUUAGUCUUAAACUACUACUACUUACGUCUUGUGUAUGCAUUUGAAGCUCCUGAUUCUGUUUGUAUUCUUGUGUUUUUUAAAUCUAAUUUGACCCAUUGUGUCUGGAGAGAGUGAGAGAUUAAGGGUUUGAUUUUAUCCACUCUCAAAGUUAUCUGCACUCUUAUUUCUUUGGGGGUUGAAGUCUCUUACACAUCCAUCUAUCCCCGUGGCUCUGCAGCCCAUGUAGGCUUUUGCCUGCCUCACCACCUCUUUCCACCCAAACUUAAAAAUGUUUUUCUUUUCCACGCUUGGAUUCCCAGUUGCUGUAUAUCAUUUUCCACAUCAUCCAUCCAUCUAAGUCUAGGUCUGCCUUUGAGUUGUUUUCCUGUGGGGUUUUGGUGAUGUGCACUCUUCUGUCAUUUGGCAUUCAUUCUAAGUGUCCUGCCCAUUGUAGCCUACCCUUUAUUUCUGUUACUAGCGUGGGAUCCAUAUUCAUCCUAUGUUGGUAAAUAUGUUUUCCGGAGAAUGUUUCUCUCCCUUGUGUUAAAUAGGUUUUCUGCCAAUUUAGUUAGGGUCUAUGUCUCACUUGCGUAUGUUACAGUUGGUCUGAUCACAGUUUUAUAAAUAGGUUUCUUUGUUUUUCUUGUAAUGUUUUUACUUAUGAAUAUUUUCUGACUACUGAAGUAUGCCCUGUUUCCGGCUGAUUUUCUUUCUUUUAAUUCCGUUAGUAAUUUGUUUCUUUCAUUUAGUAAAGAUCCCAGGCAUUUACAUUUUUAAAAGUCUGGUUUCUAAUUUUAAAGGCUUCAUCUGUCUGUUUUUCUCUUAUCAUGUAUUUUUUUUUUUUGUUAACUUCCAGCCCUGCUUGUAAAGAUGUGUCUUCUAAUUCAAUAAAGGAUUUUGAUAUGUCUUUAAUACUUUUCCCUAACAGUGCUAUGUAAUCAGCAUAUGCAAGAUACUGAAAGGGUCGAUUGUAGAGAGUGCCCAUUGGUUGUGUGUCUUGGAAAGUAUCCUGUUAUUGUUCCUCGGUUGUCAAUAUGUAUGCUUCUUGUAACUCUCUCUAAUGUUAGGUUAAAUAGCAUACAAGACAGUGAGUCUCCUUGUCUUAAGCCUAAUCAAAUCUGAAAUUCCCUUGAAUAUUCUCCCUGAACCUUGAUUUUGCUUUUUGAGUUGUUUAAUGUUACAUGUAUCAGUCUUGUCAGUUUGUUGGGUAUGCCAAACUCCUGCAGAGUCUCAUAUAAAUAUUUCCUUUUGAUGCUAUUAUAGGCCAUUUUAUAGUCUACAUAGAGUUGGUGCAAUGAGAUAUUAGAUUCAUAGCAUUUCUCUAAUAGGCAUCUGAUAGUGAAAAUCUGCUCAGUCUUUUUAUCUGCUUUGUCAGAAUCCGCAUUGGUGGUCACAUAGUAUUUGUUCAGUGCACGGUUGUAGCCCUUUCGCAGUUAGUUUUGUCAGUAUUUUGUAUGCUAAAUUUCAUAGGGAAAUUCCUCUGUAGUUUUUGCUUUGAAGUUUGGAACUUUUUUGUGUAUCAGGGUUAUUAGUGCUUUUUCCCAUUCUGCUGGAAUUUUCUCCUAUGCCAGAUUUUAUUUAUAAGUGAGUGUGUAGAUCUCUUCCUCCAUAUUUGAUAACAUUUACUGUAACGGUUUCUCCAGUGGCUUUGUGGCUUUUCAUGUAAUUGAUUACUCCUGUAGUUGGGGAGCUUAUAAAUGGUCUGGUCCUCCAUGUUGUCGUUGAUAAUCUUUAUCUUGUCUAAUCUUGUCUAUUGUCUGCAUUUAGUAUGUCCUAAAAAUAUUCAGCCAAGUACUAACAAUUUUCCAUAAUUAUAUAUCCAUCCUGGCUCUCAUCCGUUUGCAGUCUGGCUUGGUAUCCAUCAUUUUCAUCUUUUAUCUUCAUGAACAUUACUUUGAUGUUUCUCUCUCUUGAUAAGUCUUCUACUUCUUUUUUAGCUUGGCUUAUUCCCAUUCCCUUUUUUUCUUCCUACAAAUUUUUUUGGCAUUAAUUCUGGCUCCCUUGUAUGUUUGUCUUGUCUUUCUGAUUUCCCUUUGUAUUAUGGUCAUUCGUGCUUUGCUCCUUUCUUCAACAGUCUCUCUGCUUCGAUUAUCAAACCAGCCUACUCUAUCUCUAGUUUGCUGGAAUCCUACUAUUUGUUCUGCUGAUCUUUUCACAGCAUUUUUCAUACAGGGUUUAAUACUCCCCAAGAUUAGCCGUUGGGCUUACUCCAUUCCACCCCACUAUUUGUCAAUAUCCCUGACACAAACUAUUGUGCCAUGAUGCCACCUUAAACAAAAAUAACAACCAAAAAAUGCUGUCUUAAUCACAUCUCUAUAUUUAUUUUAGUGAGUAAUUUAAAGCAAUGUCAAAAUCGCCUAUCAUUUUAAUUUAAUGCAAUUUACAGCAUCAACAUUUAAAGGGAAAGGAAAGCGCAAGAAAAAAAACGAGAAAGGGGCUAAGAAAGAGAAACUCUCUAAAACCUCUCUGGUUCAAGAACAGGACACUCCCUACAGUGAUUUGGAAGACUUUGUCGAAGAGUUUGAAGAUCUUAUAUUACCACAACCAACAGCUCCCAAAAAACGCUGCCUCCGAUCAUCUUCUAACGAAGAGAAAGAGGCUGGUUCAUAUUGCAUUGUGCCUGGUCCAUCGUCAAACAAAUUAACACCACCUUUACAGAAGAAAUCUGAAACUUCUGGGUCUUGCACCAAAAAGGGCGAGGCUAGUAAGUCCAAGAAAUCAGUGAAGGCCUCAAAAUCAGUCAACAAACCACCAAAAGAAGAAAAGUCUCUGCCCAAAGGAAAGACUAGAGGCAGAAAGACGGGAUCUUGUGCUAGUAAUAGGUACUUAAUUUUUCUUUAUCUCAGGAAUCAGCAUCUAAGAAAAAAUUAAUAACAAAGUUUUUUGUUUGGGCCAGCUCUGUAUUUUAACAGGAAAAGUCAUAAUAAAAUAUUGUCAUUACAUGGUAAAUUGUAUAAAAGAAAUUGUGAGCUAAAAAAAAAAAAAAAAAAAAAAAAAGAACUAAAAAAUAAAUAAAAAAGUUUUUUGUUUUGGCCAGCUCUGUAUUUUAAAAGGAAAAAUCAUAAUAAAAUAUUGUCAUUACAUGGUAAAUUGUAUAAAAGAAAUUGUGAGCUAAAAAAAAAAAAAAAAAACUGUAGAAGAGCUUAUGAUUGAAAUUGGUGAAAUUAACUUAUCUGUAAUCUGUGAUAAUUUCAUCAUAACAAAUCAUCAUAAAAGUCUAACAUUUAAAAAAAAAAAUCAAUUGUAGAUUAAUAUUUUUAAAGAGUUAUCAUCUGAAACAAGAAAAUCAAUAAAAUUAACAUAAAUUAGCCUGGCUUUAGCUCUGUCAGCCUCUGUAAAUUUUCUAUGGUGAACAGGAAUUUCCAAUGUGAAUGCCAUUAUUACUGGUUUGUUUUUAGUGUGCACUGUGUUUUAACACAAUAUAUAAAUACUUAAAGAAUACUUUUUAUUCAAACCAUCUUGUGAUUUUUAUGAAGUGUGAAUGGUUUACUACACAUCAGCCUUGUAGGAGCUAAGAGAAAGAAAAGGAGUUCUAGACUCAGAAAUUGUUUUGGAAACCCUGAAAAGUCUGAUCCGUUUGUGUGAUAAUUCUAAUGCCUAACAAUGAAUGAGAGUGUUAUUAUUUCUUCUUUAAAAGAUUGUUUAAAUUGCUGACCAAUUAUUUUCACCAGUGGGCGUCAAUCGUCUACAGUCAGUAGAGGAACAGGGAGGGCUGGUGCCAGCCGUGGGUCCAGUGUAGGGGCCAGGGAGAGAGCAGAUUUAAGCAAAAGUAGUAUUCCAACAACUACCACAAACCUAUCAGCCAUGUCUUCAUCAAGUCAUCAACAAGACAGCGCUGGCAGUGGUGGAACCAGGCCAAGGGAGGGUGGAGGGGCAGGUGGUAAUGCUCAGCCAGAAGGUCAAGGUAAGUUUUUGAUACAUUUAACAAUAAAACUGAUGUUUGGACUGGAGCUCCAGAAUGUUAGCCACAUUUUUAGGGUUUGAUUUUGUCUACAAACUAGGGUGCUGGUAGUGUUUAAAAUACUUAAUAUUACAUUUAUACUGAAUUAACCAGACACAGUAUCAGGAAUGCCCCUUGGAGCUGUGGGAGGAGCUGGUCCAGAUACUGAAAGUGAUGAGUCGGAUAUGAAUAGACUUCAGGGUAAAUUAAUUAGUUUUAUUUUAACUUAAGGGUAUUUUUGCUCAGUUACUUUGUUUUACAAUUUUAUGUAACUUUUUUUUUUCCUGUCUUUUCUUUUCAACCCUAAACACAUCAUGUUUAAUUAUUUAUUUUUUUCACAUGGCUUGAACGUCCCUUGGGAUUAAAUUUUUAACAAGUUUUAACUAAUAUUAUUAGUUCUUUUUAAUGUAUUUCUUUAUCAAAUAGAAUUGAAAGAUUAGCAUUUGAAGAAAUUGCUCCAACAUCAUGCCAUAAAUAAAGUAUAAAUUCAAGGCUAUAAGUAGCUAAUAAUUUUAUUUUUGACAAUUACAAACAUGAACAUCACUGGAUAAUAGUGUAGCAGUCAUCAUUUGCUGCAUUAUGACUCUUGUUUUCUUUUUAAAGUUCAGAAACUGAUACAAAAAAAAAACUAAAAAUAAUCUUGACAUUAUCUGUUUCAUGUCCCUUAAUAUAUUUUUCAGCUUUACUGGAAGCGCGAGGUCUGCCAUCUCAUCUGUUUGGUGCACUGGGACCACGCAUGCAUCAGCUUCUACACCGCACAAUGAGUGGUGGCACAUGUAAUAAUAUAGUCAAUAACUCUUCAAAUCUAAUAAUUUGAAUGAUGUAUUAAAAUAUAUCUCAUUUAUGGAAAAAAGGCCUUAUAAAGUUGAUACAAAAAAUGUUUUUAAAAUCCAGCAGUAAAUAACAUAUAAGUAAUUCAAUAAUUAUGUUGGGACAUAGUAUUGUUAUGAACUAGAAGUACUUUUCAGUUUUUAAUUAAAAUUAAAUUUCAAUGUUACAAAUUUACUAAAUAUUUCCUCACAUAGUGACCAAAGUGCAGCACUUGCUUCAAGGUCUUCAAGCCACUGGGGAUGAAGCCCAACAGUUGUCAGCUGUUAUGGAGAUGUGUCAGGUAGACAAUUCAAAUGUUAUGCAAAUCGCACAUUAAUAAAAUUUCUUCCUUGAAAGACUAGCUAUGGAGGUAGGUCGUAGCAUGUUUACUUUAGGGCUAAUGUUUUUACAUAUAUUUUCCCAGAUACUAGUAAUGGGGAAUGAAGAUAGCCUUGUGGGGUUCCCUAUCAAGCAAGUGGUGCCAGCAUUGAUCCAGCUGCUUCAGAUGGAGCACAACUUUGAGAUGAUGAUCCACGCCAGCCGGGCUCUCACAUACAUGAUGGAAGCUCUGCCAAGAUCUUCAGCCUCUGUAGUGGAAGGUGUUGCAGUAUUUUUGGAAAAGGUGACACAUCAGAAUGAUCUUAGCAAAAAUCAUUUUAUAAAUUUAAAAAAUUUUAUUUCAUUUCUUUACCAAAUAAUAGAUGCAAUGCAGCAGCUGUAUAAGUUUUUUUUACAUAUGGCAAACUGCUUAAAGUGCAUCUUACAAAUGUACCAGAAUGAAUGAUUUGUAAAAUUUUAAUUCACAGCUGCAAGUCAUCAAUUGUAUUGAUGUUGCAGAGCAGUCCCUUUCUGCUCUUGAGACAUUGUCUAAGCGACAUGGGAAAGCUAUCCUUCAAGCUGUAAGUAUUAUUUUCUUAGGAACAUAUGGAAAAAAAUACUUGUUUUUGGGACCAUCACUCAUUACAGAUUUCAUGCUUAAAUAAUUGACCUACAAGUGUUGGGUUUCAUUUUAAAUAACAUUAAUUUCUAAGUCUAUAUUUAAAUUAAAAGUUAAUUUUACAAUACAUUCUGUAAUUUUUAAAUGAUCAUUUCCCUCUUCAUCAACAGGGUGGAAUUUCUGCAUGUCUUAUGUUCCUGGACUUCUUCAGCAUUAUUGCCCAACGCAGGGCUCUAAAUAUCUCGGCAAACUGUGUCCAGUCCAUGUCAGCUGAUGAGUUUCACUACAUAAGAGACUCUUUAUCUCUUCUAAGUGCCAGGCUAAAUCACUCUGUAAGUUUUUGUUUUGGUAAACUGUUUUGUUCUUAGAAUUUGAGUUUCCUUGUUAAAAUUGACUGGUUCAUUAAAACAAAAUCAUAAAAUGAUUGGAUUUCAUUCUUAAAAUGUUUGAAAUUUCAGGAUAGCAAAUCAGUGGAAAGUGUGUGCCUGUGCUUUGCAAGACUUGUUGACAACUUCCAGAAUGACCAACGGCUACUUAAAGAGAUUGCAGUCCACGACUUGUUGACUAACAUACAGCAGCUGGUAAAAAUCUUAGCAUUUUCUUUAAAAUAUAGGCAUUUAUGAAUAUAAAAAUUAAAUUCCAAUAUAUGUAACAUUGUAAGUUAUGAUCUUGAAUAAUGGAUAACAAAAUUUACAUAGCUUUAUUAAACAUUAUAUUUUCAUCUUUUUAAAGUUUUUUUUUCUUCUUUUCUUAUGCAUAGUCAAUUUAAUUAAUCACUUAUGCAAGUCCCACAAUAGCAAUGUUGUAGAAAUAUAUUUUUUUAAAAAGUGUUUCACAUUUAUAAUUUAUUAUUGAUUAAAAUAAACAUUUAAAGAAUUUUAAUAUUGAACUUUUUGAUUAUUUUAAAAACAAAUUUGAAAACCAAACUAAUCAGCAUCUGCGUUAAUUUUACCCAAAAAAAUUUGAUUUAAUUCCCCAGUUGAUGAUGAGUCCACCUGUUAUCAGCACCAGUGUAUUUAUCACAGUGGUUAGAAUGUUGGUGGUAAUGUGUGCCAAUUGCCCAGAUUUGGCAGUAAUCCUGCUUAAACAAAGUAAGCCUCCCCUAGUUUUUUAUUAUGAUUUUGUUGAAAUAUGUUACAUGAUCAUGUAGCAUUCUUGUUAGUUCAUUCUGAAAUAAGAGUGUAAGAUGCGGUCAUGAUGAUAAAUGUAGGCAAAAUAAUUUUCUUACAAACCAGAGAAUAUGUAAUUGUGCAAAGCCUAAUACUUCAAGGACAUGUAAGUGUGCAAAAGUCAAAUACACUGAUGAUAUAAAAAUCUGAUUUGAAUGUGCAAAGUUGAAGUAUGCAUAACAUCCAAAAUGGAAAUGUCUGCUUUGCUAUUUUCAGAAAUAGCAGAGACAUUAAGAUACCUCUUGACAGGCUCAUCUGAAACUUCAGAUCAGUGUUUUGAGGUAGGUAACUGACUUAUUAUUAUUUUAAUUUUUUUAUUUUAGUGAUGCAAGCAAACAUAAGUUAGCCUCUACAUUAUAGCUUGACAUUUUUACCCCUCAUUUAUCAAAUUGAUAGGUGUAAGGAAAAUUAUUCUGUAUAAAUAGUGCCUAAAAAAAUUAGCCAAAUCAAGCCAAAAUAUAAAUUUUCAUAUUUCAGCUGGUAUCUCGAACUCCACAAGAAUUGUAUGAAAUUGUUAGUCUCAUUGGGUAAGUUUAAAGUUUUAAUUGACUCAAUGUCCUUGCACAAAGAAAGCCUUAAAACCUGUUGACCUACAUUUUGUUAUAAGAAUUUGUUGCAAUCUAAUGUUUAUUUAAUUAAUGCCUUCAAAAUGAAAGAUAAAAUAUGCAGUUGAAUUUUUCUUCUCAGCUGUUCUAUACCUUAUUUGCAUGCCCACAUCUUAGAGCUGGGGUCUCAAACUCACAAUCAUCAAAUUAUUUAUAAUCAUAGAUAAUGCAUCAUAAUGAAUUCUUUGAAAGACUUGUGAUCAAUAUUGCUCUUAUGCGGCCCUACAGUGACGUUGAGUUUGAGAACCCUGGCUAGACAGGGACAUUAUAAAUAUGUUAUAUUGUCUCGUUCAUAUUUUUAAUGGACAUUUUAACAUAAUGUUUGGCAAUAUUCUGUGUUUCCACUAAUUUACAAGCCUAGACAGAGAUAAUGGUUAACCAACCAUCCCAAUGCACUAUUAUAAACAAUUUUUUAAAAUAUUAUAUAAUUGUUCAAAUCUAUUCCCGAAAUUCUUAAAUGUUUCAAGAUAAUGGGAAUUGUGUGAUAUAUUUCAGAGAGCUUCUUCCACGCCUCCCAACAGAUGGACUUUUCACUGUUAACAGCCUCCUUCGUAAAGGUGGAGCCAUCAGUCUUGAUGGUGCGUUUUGGCAGUGGCAAGAUGACAGGGGCUUGUGGCAUAUGUACACCCCCAUUGACAACAAAAUUGUUGAGGUAAGGGAUUUUAGUUUUUGCAUUAUUUAUACUUGUAGUUAAUAUCAUUUCCAAAAAUAGUGUGUUAAAUUAUUUGUUUGGGAUAUCACUGUCCAAAACGUCAUAGCAGAUGGCUUAGUUUAUUCUUUUAAAUUAAAUUGCUGAUGUUUGUUAAAAGAUAAGACCAUUGGAAAAAAUCAAUCAUUGUGAUUUGAAAGCAGUUAACCCAUGUUUCUAUAAUUCUGACCAGUAAGAAACGGUUUAUUGGAUUAUUUUGUUGUUCUUACCCUAAAGGCUGCAUACCAAGCUGGAGAAGAAGAGGUGAGCCUCUCAACUAUGGGGAGAUCUUACUUACUGGACUUCAAUACCAUGCAGCAAAUCAACGAAGACACUGGCACUGCCAGGCCUGUUGUUCGCAAGGUUAACAGUCUUGGCGUUGGUGGACAGAACAGUGCGGCAGGAGAUACACGUAAGUUAAUGGAUUGAAAGGUGAUCCUAUCAUAAGCUAAUGUUGUUAACAAAAUAAAGUUUGAAUCAUAAGUGAUAAUUUUGACUUGGCUAUGUAAUUCAUAUUAAUAGUCAAACUGUCAAACUUUAUUUCUAAAACAGUUGGUCAGUCUGAUCCGAAUGUCGAACGCUGUGAUUCAAGAGCUGAGAUUUUAAAAGAGGACCAGGACUUGGCUUCCAACUUUAUCCAAACAUUAUUUGCUGUUUUGUAUGAGGUUUACAGCUCAUCUGUAAGUAAAUAAUCAAUAUAAAUCUAUGUUGAGUGGCAUCCUGGCCUUUGUAACUUUGUAUUCAAUAAAUACUAAAAAGGGAAGCAGGUUAAUUCAACAUUUUUUAAUAAAUGGUUUUAAAAUUGUAAAUAAUUUUAAAUUAAAAUUUGUUCAGCUACUUUUGUUAAUCUGCUGUUGUACCUAUUUUUUUGGUAGUUUUGCUCCACAAAAUUGAGCUUCAGAAUUUUCACUGUAUUAAUUUCAAUCAGGCUGGUCCCAAUAUCCGCCACAAGUGCCUUCAGACUAUUCUGAGAAUGAUCUACUAUUCUCCUCCUGAUUUGUUGAGACAAGUACUUGUUAACCAAUCCGUUUCAAGGUAGGCAGACAGCAGUGAGGUUUUAAAAAAUAGGCGGAGUAAAAUUUUCAAUAGGUGUCUGUUUAUUCAGCAUGCAAGAAUUUUGAAGUAUGAUAUUGCAUGCAAACUUUGAUGUGCGCAGCCAUUGAUUAUCAUCUCUGUAAUUGUCAAUUAGCCCCUAGCUUUCAACUGAUAGCAAUAAUAAUUUUGUUUUUAAAUGCUUCAUUGAAAAAUGUUUUAUUCUUUCAGUCACAUUGCUUGCAUGUUAGGCUCUCCUGAUCUAAAAGUUGUUGUCGGAGCUUUACAAAUGGCCAAUAUCCUGAUGCAGAAAUUGCCUGAUGUGUACAGUGUUUAUUUCAGGAGAGAAGGUAUGCACAUUUUCAUAAAAUAUUUUAAUAUUACUAAGUAAAGUAUGAAAAUACAACUGAUCUUUAAAAAUUAUGUAUUUUUUGCUGGGAUAUAAAUUUUGAUCACAUAGAAGAGAAUCAUUUGGCAAGUAGUUAGAAAAUUUUUAUUUUAGAAAUAGUGUGCAUUUAUUUGGUUUAAGAUACUUGGUGUCGAAGAGAAGAAUGGUAUGCAGCUGAGUUUCCAAAUCUUUACUGUUUUCUCCACCCAUACAGAUUGCAUUGCAGAUUGCAUUUUAUAGUUGAAAAAAAUUGACUUUUUAAUAUUUCUUUUUAUUGAAUUGGAAAGAUAACUAUAACACUUAAAAAAUAAAUGUAAGAUUUAUUACAUAAAAUAAAGUGGUAUUGGAUGAAUGAAAAUUUAUGUAAACAUUUAUAUCUUAACUAAAAAAAUCAACUUUUGCUCUGUUCUUGUUUUUAUUUUGUUAACGAUUUAUUACUUUUCCUUGCAUCCUCUGGGUGCCACCUUGUAUCCCCUGGGGAUUAGAGCAUUUCAUGUUGUGAAACCCUGUUUUACAGUAUCAAACUAAAAGUAAACUCUGCAUUGAGGUUUCUAAUAUAGAUAAUUAAAUUAUGCCUGACUUUAAAACCUAGUUUUUAAGUUAAUUUUAAUUUUAUUAAUAUUUUGUUCUAAUAAUUUCCACUAUACAGGUGUAAUGCACCAGAUCCAAAAGCUUGCCACCCAGGAGGUGUUGCCAUCAUCUCCUACCAAGUCAAGCCACUCUCCAGGUUCAUCACCAGUCUUAGGUUCAGUGUCAGACACUGGCUGUGCCCUCUCUCCAACAGUACCAAGGAUAGAGGCACCUGAGGUUGGAGAUGGUGAUGAUCUGUUUGCUGGUGGUGCAUCCCAUCACUUGGAGGAACCUUGUGCUUCAUCUGCGCAUACGUAUGUGAACAAUGAACUAGGUUUUAACUUUUAACAGUGUUCUCUUUUGCACAAGUCCAUUUGUUUAGCCACAUAAAGAUAAAAAUUGUUGUGUGCUAUUCAACAUUUAUUUCAGUAGUUCUGACAUAGCCAGAGCAAAACUGUACAAUAUAUAAAUUACAUUAAGAGUUCUUUUAAAAUUUUUAAAAUAUCUUUAGUUCUUAUUAACACAGGUAUGUAGUAAAAUUAUGUAAACUAACUCCACUUAGUAUCUUGUAAGGUCAGAAAUAUUCAAGCUCAUCUCAAAUUUGUAAAAAAAAUUCCAAGCCUCUUUGCAUGUGCUACUAAGUUUAGAAAUGAAAUUCUGUUACUGCUAAAGUAAUUAACAAAUUGUACUUAUUUUUCUUACUUCACACAAAUGCCAUUUUAGUUUAACUUUUCUUUAUGAACUAGUUAAAAAGAAGCUUUAAACUUUAAAAUGGAUUAUUACCCAAUCUUUUAAACUUCUAGUAAAUCAAAUUUAGAAUAUUUUUUUCUGUUAUUUUUGUGUACAAAGAAGAUUUAUGAAGUUCACUUAUGGCCAGAACAUAAUAAAAAAAAUAUGACUUUUUUGUAUAAAUACUUAGGAAACUCAGUGAUGUGUUGAAAAGGAAACGUCCACCAAGGAGGGGACCAUCUAAGAAGGGUAGCAAGUCAGAUGAUUCUGCAACUACAGAGGCAUCUCCUAAAGGUGUUGGACUUCUGCUUGGAAGAAGUUCUAACAGAGGGAAAACAUCAUCUGGUAAUUAGUUUACUUUAAAAAUAAAGGAAGUAGAAAUCUAGUUAAAAAUAGUGUUGACUUCGUCACAUAAAAAUUUUAAUAAAUAUUUUUGUACAUAUGAAAGUUCAUAACCAUUUUAAAAAGACUUACACAUUGCAAUUACAUUUGUUUAAGCAGACAGUUUUUCUCAACCUUGUUUGAAGCAUGUACAGUAAACUAAAUAUUAUGGUUCUAAAAAGUUAAUGGGAUUGAUUAUUUAUGAUUUCACAUUUUUUUUCUCCUUUAGGCAAAGAUGCCAGAUCCAGUUCUUCUAGCUCAAAGAUUCCAUUCCUGACAAAUCUAAACCCUCGCUCCUGGGGAAGGAUGAGUACUGCAGCUGAUAGACAAACUACCAUGAAGGUUAUACCAUAACAUUCCUUUUGAAAUAAAUCAUUGAAAAUAUUCUUCGGCAGGCUGAAAUUAAAAUUUACACGCACCGCUGAAACCAACAAGCAACCCAUUAGUGUUGAGUUCCAUGAAAUAUUUGUAGUCUCUUGAUCUUUCCUUCAAUGCUUAUUGAGAUUAACAUCUAGAUUAACAUCUCAAUGUCAUUUAGUUUUAACAUCACAGUGUCAUUUCAGGUCAUGAUUUUCCCCUAAAUAUUUGUGUGUUCACAUUCAACAGGAUAUGCUAUCUCACAAGCAGAUGCCACCUCCUAUGAUCGUGAACAAGGAAAAGGUUAAGGCCUGGAUUAAGGAACAAUGUAAGUGUUCAUUUAAUUUGAUCUGGUCAUGAAAACAAAACAGCCCUAACAAAAGAGAUUUGAUAAUAAUCUUUUUUUUUAAAUUUCAUUUAUUUUUUUAUUUCAUCAAAUUACUAUAAAUAUAGGACAUAGAAGCCUAGGAAAGCAACAAAAUCUAAUUUACUAUUAAAAAAAAAUAUUUUUCUCAAAUGUUGCAGGUAAAGUUUUUAUGGAGAAAUAUUUCUCAAUUGAUAUUCAUGGAGAGUCCCACCCAGCCCUGGACAUGCUCAAACGUCUGUGUACUGCUACCAAGUGUCUUUCACUACAGGUAUAAAUACAGAUGUUCAUAUAUAAAACAUAUUUAAGGCAAGUGAAAAUAUGAGGAAGUGAUUUGUUACGAGCCUGGCCCCCUUCUGUUUAGGUACCCCAUUAACUUGACUGUGUCAGGUAAGCACACCCCAGAAGCACAACGUAUGUAACGGUACACGGCCAUAACCAACCUUGAUUUAAGCUGACCAUGACCUACUUAAUCGUCAAGCACGCGAAACGAGUAUGCCUAUAACUGGAUGCAUCGCCCUUAGAGGAGUAGACCAAAUGAGGAGGAGAGAGAGAUAGGUGGUCAGCCGUCCGUUGCAAUUGUUUAGUAUUAGAUUAGGGCCAUUUAAUUGUUAUCAGAAAUAUUAAUUCCAGGAACUUAGACUAGUGAUAGUAUUGUGUAUGUAUUAUUACUGUGAGGAUUUUAGAUAUUGUUAGUGUUAGACUUGCAUUCAUUUCUUUAUAUGUAGAUUUCAGGUAUCUUUGUUCACAUAGUAAUCCAUGUAAUAAAGUACAUUUAAAUAGUGCACUGACUGUCCGGGAUUUCUAUUCAGAAGUUACUUUGUGGAAUUCUGUUUUAGAACCUUUGUCAACACUAAACUCACAGUAAAGUUAGGAGUGCUUGUUAGGUUUUCAAGUUAGGAGUGCUUGUUAGGUUUUCAUAGGAGUUGUACUAGUGCGCGGUGUUGUGCACUUCUAUUUCACCAACACUACACACCAGUUCUUUGGUGUUAUUGUCUUUGUUCUUGGCAAGUUUUCUCAUUAAGAAUGGAAAUAUAAACAUUUCUCCGGAAUCCAUCAAUUCCUGUCUUAAAUAGUUUUCAAAGGAAAGAACUGAUUUUAGUCUUAAAAGCUUUAGAUAUCAAAUUUAAGCCUGCCAGUAGAAAUUCUGUCCUCACAGAUCAAAUCAUUGUGCAUUUUGUAAAUGAAGGUUUGCUAGAGUAAGAAUGUUUAAAUUUAAUAGCUCCAGAGAUAGACAGCGAUCACCCUUUUAAGAUAAGAGAAUUAGAGAUUAGAGAGAAAGAAUUAGAAUUACAUUCAGAGAUCCAGACACAACAGUUAGAGUUAGAAAAACAGAAAUGGGAAGAUGAGAGGGACAUGAAACUUAAUCAGUUAGGAUGUGAUGACAGUAAGCCUAGUACUCUGGUCAAUUCAUCUGAUUCAUCAUUGUCUCCUUCUAUUCAGUCAUUUAUACGUAGUGUUCCUAAGUUCGAUGAGGCAGACUUAGAAACUUAUUUUAAACACUUUGAGUUGUUAGCUAGCAAAUUGGCCAUUAGAAAUCCAAACAAUAUUAUUAAGUAUGGCAUUGCACGGUGAGGUGUCACAAAUCUUCUCCUCACUACCAGCUGAGUCACAAAGUGACUACAGCCUGGUAAAAGCAGCCAUAAUAAAACCUAAUGAGCUGACUCCAGAGGCUUAUCCCCGAAUGUUUCGCAGUCUCAAGAAACAUCCAGAGCAAACGUAUGUGGAGUUUCUCUACGAAAAAGAUAAAAUUUUUGACAGAUGGCUGAUAGCUGAGAAUGUUGACUCCCUUAACAAACUCAGAUCACUUCUACUUUUAGAAGAGUUCAUGGCUUCCAUCCCAGAAGAAGUGAGAUCACACCUGAUGGAUUUAUACAUCAAAGACAUCCGAAGAGCAGCUGAGAUGGCCGACAACCAUAACCUCAACCACAGGACCAACAAUCCCACUCUUCGCCAGUGCACACACCCUGUGACACUGCCAGUGACUGAACAACAGUUUGGCACAUUAACAAGACAUCAAGACUCACACAGUGAUAGGAAACCGUCACCUCCACAACUGUUUUGCCGGUAUUGUAAAAAACAAGGUCACCGAGUAGAACAGUGCCGCAGCCAGAAAUACACCCAGAAUAGCCAGAAUGACCAGGAUGUUAGGCCUGUCGGUUUCAUCCAACUGAUCGACGAACAUCCACAUCCCGUUGAUCACCAGGUCGCCUUUGUUAAGGAUAGCAAAAGGUCGAACCAAUGUUAAGUCAAUGAAAAGAAAGUCCCAUUGACAAAACCGCCUCAUGUCAAAGAAAGAUUCACGAAAUCACGCGCAUGUGAAGAUACCGUCAUGGCACUUAAGCUUCCAGAACCAAUUCUCCUCUCUCCUAGUUUGUCAUCAUCACCGGAUUCACCUCUUGAAACACAUGAGGCGUUCAAUCCCUUCAUCACUGAAGGAUAUGUAUCCAUUCCUGGAAAACCCUUUUAAAAAAAAGCGUUACCAUAUUACGAGAUACUGGAGCCUCCCAGUCCCUGAUAUUACAAAGCACCCUUCCACCCUCCACUGAUUCAGCAGUGGUUGGUGAAGUCAUUCUACAAGGAGUUGGUUUAGGUCAAACCUCAGUACCUCUCCAUAUCAUCAAAAUUUCACAUAGCCUAGUAAAGGGCAAUGUUUUAGUCAGUGUCCUCAAUCAAUUACCAAUAAAAGGUGUUGACUUGAUACUUGGCAACGAUUUAGCGGGCGCAAAAGUUUUCUCGGAGCCACUCACAAACCAUCCGCCAUUUUCUUCACUCCCCAAGAGUGAACAUCGGGAAUCAUACCCAUCCUUUCCAGUCACUAGAAGUAUGUCUGAGAAAGCAAAGGUUGCAGUUCCUCCAGGGGAUCUAAAGGAUACUUCCUUUAUGGAACCAAUUAAGCUUACAAAAUCCUCCGAACUCUACUCAGACCUCCUACAAUUACCCUCGCAAUCAAAUCAUCAAAAUCUUUUAGCAGCCCAACUAAGUGAUCCGGAAGUCCAAGAUCUUACGAAAGAGGUCAUAUCUGUAGAAAACAUGACUAACACUAAUACUUGUUUUUAUCUCAAGAACAACUUGCUAUUCCGAAAAUUUGUGCCACCAGACGCUUCAACCAACGAAACUUGGUGUGAAGUUCAUCAGUUAGGGGUGCCUAAGAUCUACAGAGAUGAGGUGAUGUAUUUCGCUCACGACUCACCCAUGUCAGGACAUCUAGGAAUAAAAAAGACAUUAGCGAAAAUUCGUGAACAUUUUUACUGGCCUAACAUGAAGAAAAAUGUUAGUCACUAUUGCAAAACUUGUGAAGUUUGUCAAAGAAUAGGUAAGUCAAAUCAAACCAUUCCUAGGGCGCCUUUACACCCCAUUCCUGCCUUUGAGGAACCAUUCUCUACUGUACUCCUUGACUGUGUUGGUCCAUUGCCAAGGACAAAGACCUGUAAUGAAUAUAUGCUCACCAUCAUGUGCGCUUCUACCAGAUUUCCCGAAGCCAUUCCUUUGAGAAAUAUACGCACAAAGAGCAUCACCAAGGCUAUCAUUAAGCUUUUUUACCACCUUUGGCCUCCCUCAAGUAGUGCAGACAGACCAGGGAAGUAACUGUACCAGCAAACUCUUUAAGGAGGUAAUGUCUCAACUUGGUAUCAAACAUGUCCAUAGCACUGCUUAAUCACCCUCAGUCACAAGGAGCUCUAGAACGCUUCCACCAAUCCAUCAAAACUAUGAUGCGUGCAUAUUGUAUGAACAAUCCCCAAUGGGAUGAAGGUAUUCCACUGCUACUCUUUGCAGCCCGAGAUGCAGUCCAAGAAUCCUUGGGAUUUUCUCCUUUCCAACUUAUUUUUGGACAUACUGUCAGGGGACCACUGAAGCUACUGAAAGAACAUUGGAUAAAUCACGAUCAAUAUGAAAACAACACUAACUUACCAGACUUUAAGGAAAAAUUAGAGAACAUAUGGGAAAUUGCACGUGCAAAUUUAGAAGAAACCCAGUUGACGAUGAAACGACAAUACGAUAGAAAAUCUAAAGUCAGGAAUUUUAAUCCUGGUGAUAAAGUUUUGGUAUUACUACCGGUUCCAGAGAAUUCUUUAUCAGCCAAGUAUUGUGGGACCUAUGCCAUUCAUUCAAAACUGAGUGAGGUCAACUAUGUCAUCAACACCCGGAUUGAAGGAAGAACCAGAGAGUGUGUCACAUUAAUUCAAUAAAACCUUUUUAUGAGAAAAGUGUUGCAGCUGGACAAGUUAAAGUUGUCCAUGCAACUGUCCAUUCCAAUGAAGGGUUUGAAGAGACUAUGCCAGACAAGUCUAACCCUUUAAAGUUGUCCCACUCCAUGAUAUUAUCCAAUAUAGAUGACAAGUUGUCACAUCUACCUGAGGGCCACAGAACUAUGUUGACUAAUCUUAUAUUUGGAUCAGUGAAACUGUUUCCUGAUGUUCCAGGGGAAACGAACAUUUGUACCCACGACAUAGUGUAGGAAAUGCAGUACCUUUGAAAAACACCCUUAUAGGGUGAGCCCAGAGAAGCUGGACAUAAUUAGAAAUGAAAUCCAAUAUAUGUUGCAGAAUGACAUAAUAGAAUACAGUCAGAGUAGUUGGAGUUCACCUUGUAUUCUUGUACCCAAACCUGACAACACCUUCAGGUUCUGCACUGAUUUUAGAAAGGUUAAUGCUUUAACCAGGCCAGAUUCCUUUCCUUUACCCAGAAUAGACGAUGUUAUAGACAAAAUUGAUCAAUAAAAAUUUGUAAAAAAGAUUGAUCUGUUGUCUGGCUAUUUCAAAUUCCUUUAACAGAAAGAGCAAAAGCGAUCUCAGCUUUCCUAACCCCUGAUGGUUUAUUUCAAUAUAAAAGAAUGCCCUUUGGUCUAACGAAUGCCCCCAGUACUUUUCAGAGAAUGAUCAAUUAUGUUAUUUCUGACAUUGAAAAUUGUGAUGCAUACAUAGAUGAUGUUAUUGUUUACUCACCUGACUUUGAAAAACAUUUGUGCCAGUUGACCAAAUUGUUCUCUAAACUUAAAGAGGCUAACCUAACUGUAAAUCUCCAUAAAAGCGAUUUUUGUAAGGUAACCAUUACCUAUUUAGGGCACCAAGUAGGUAACGCACAGGUUAGGCCUGUCAACGCCAAAGUGGAUGCCAUUUUAAACUUGACCCCACCUGCAAAUUGUAAACCGCUAAGAAGAUUUUUAGGGAGGUCUGGAUACUAUAGAAGAUUCUGUAAAAACUUCUCGACUGUGGCAGAACCAGUCACCCGUCUUCUUAAGAAGAAUGUCAAAUUUUUUUGGACAGUAGAAAUCUCAAAACGCUUUUGAAAAAAUAAAGGCAUUUUUAUCAGACUCCCCAGGGAUUGCUGCACCUGAUUUUAGCAAACCUUUCAAACUGGCAAUAGAUGCCAGUGACAAUGCCAUUGGUUCAGUUUUGUUACAAGAUGAUGACCAUGGUAUUGAACACCCAAUCAGUUACUUCUCUAAGAAGCUGAAUGUUCAUCAACAGAACUACUCCACCAUAGAAAAAGAAACACUAGGUUUGGUAUUAUCUCUGCAACAUUCUGAGGCGUAUGUCAGUUCAUCAGUGAAUCCACUCGUAGUGUUUACUCAUCAUAAUCCUUUGACAUUUGUAAACAAGUUAGGUCUGAAGAACCAGCGUUUGCUGAGAUGGUUUUUAUAUUUUCAAAAUUUUAAUCUUGAAAUCAGACACAUAAACGGGAAAGAUAAUGUGGUGGCCGAUGCAUUAUCUCUUCUAUUAAACUUUCAGUCUGAAUCUAAUUCCAUUGUGAUAAAACAUAGAAGACAUAAUAUCUGAUUUAACAUUACUCAAUUUUAUUGCAUUAAUUUGUUUUGCCUGACUUAUUAUCAAACUAUAUUUUGUUGUAGUAUGGUAUUUUUAAUAUAUGCCAUGCCAAGUAUUUGCAUGUGUUUUUAUCCCAACAGGUAGCCAAGAAACAUUGGAACUUUUAUAUCAGUCAUAAGUGUUGACAUUUAUUUUUACUUUUAUUAUCACAUUUGGUUUCCAUGUGUAAACCAUCUUUAAGGAUCUUAAUGUUGUCAUUGUCCACUGUUUGUAAUUUAGGUAAGCAUGCCUUAUGGAAACAAAGUUGUUGUUUUUUUUUCUUUAUGUUCUUAUACUUAUACUGAUACACUUAUUUUAGUAUGUAGUUAUCUAGUGUAAUCACUAUGAAUGUACUAUUCUUUAUUUCUGUGUCAAAAUUUGACAAUGAAGAAUUUAUAAGUUUACUAUUGGUUAAACACCAAAGCUAGUUUAUAUAUAUAUUGGAACUUAGUGAUGUCAUUUCGCUAUAAAAAAAUUCCCAAUAUAAUUGUCAAUUUUUUUUCCCCAAGUGGAAGUGUGUUAAGAGCCUGGCCCCCUUCUGUUUAGGUACCUCAUUAACUUGACCGUGUCAUGUAGGCACACCCCAGAAGCACGACGUAUGUAACGGUACACGGCCACAUGUAACGGUACACGGCCACAACCAACCUUGAUUUAAGCUGACCGCGACCUACUUAAUGGUCAAGCACACGAAACGAGUAUGCCUAUAACUGGACGCAUCGCCCCUAGAGGGGUAGACCAAAUGAGGAGGAGAGAGAGAUAGGUGGUCAGCCGUCCGUUGCAAUUGUUUAGUAUUAGAUUAGGGCCAAUUUAAUUGUUAUCAGAAAUAUUUAUUCCAGGAACUUAGACUGGUGAUAGUAUUGUGUAUGUAUUAUUACUGUGAGGAUUUUAGAUAUUGUUAGUGUUAGACUUGCAUUCAUUUCUUUAUAUGUAGAUUUCAGGUAUCUUUGUUCACACAGUAGUCCAUGUAAUAAAGUACAUUUAAAUAGUGCACUGAUUGUCUUUCUUUUAGCCAAUAUAGUGUGUCUAAAAUCUACCUGUUAGCCCUCUUUUCUAAACCCCUAGACCACGAGCUUGUUCAAAUUCAUUGAACACAUAGGGGGCGUAACAGUUUGAACACACAAAAUAUUACAUUUCUUUGUAAAUUUCAACAGAGAGGUGUGAAUUAUCCUCACUUCAAUGCAGAUUUUAUGCAUGAAAGUCACAUAUUUACUUUUUUUCCCUCUUCACUCUGUUGUAAAUAAAUGAAUGAUAUGAUAAACUUUGAUAAAAUGUAAAACUGGUAUUUUUAAUUAUACUAGAGAUUAAUGAAAUUGAAACAAUACAUUUAGGAUUUGUAUAGACCAACUUUUAUUUUUUCCAGGGUGACAGUGGCUUAGACUGCCUACUGGAGAUAGCAACCAUUAUGCGAGAAAGUGAUGUUUCUCCAUUUGAAGUUAUACACAGUGGGCUAAUUUCUCAACUCCUUGAGUACCUCACAUCUACAUCUGGUGACGUGAAUAGAGACAUACGCAUACGCAGAUUUCUUCAUGUCUUCCUCAACUGCCCCGUAAGUUGAUGAAAGAAACAUUUUUAAUGACAACUUGUAAUGAUAAAAAAAUGUAAUUAUUUUGUAAUGAGAUUUUCUUAUAAAUUUUGUUGUUGUUGAUAAUUUAAAAUUAAAUUAAUUUUUUGUCAUUUACAUGAAUUUGUUAAAAUUUUUAGCAUUUUCUCAUCUUAAAAAUGUUAUUGCCUUACAAAAGAGCAUAGGGUAAAUAAAUUUCGGCAAAUUUGUUUAUAUUUGUUUAAUAAACUUAAAUUGUGAUCGUGCUAAAUAAAAGAAGCUUAAUGAAAAAAAAAUAUAUAUUUUGUGUCAAUGGUGUUUAGGGGUUUGUUUGUACUUCAAGAUACAAUUUCAAUGCUUUUCAGUGUUGCAAUAUUCUUUAGUUUUAUUUAUCAAUGUACAGCCACCAAGCGUGACUUACAUGAAAGAACCUCCAGCUGAAAAGAACAAUACCCCAGCUCUUUCAUAUCUUGUGUCCAAGCUCAUGGCCUGCUUACAUCAGCUGGAACAGGUGCGUACUUAAAUUAGUUGAUCUCAAUUAUUAUUAUUGGUAGUGGUUUUAUUUAGCGCGGUAAACCAGCCUAGAGAUGGGCUCACCACACUGUACAUACAAUUUAACAAACAUUAUCAUGAACUGGCUGAAAUUUAAACUAUAUUUUUUAAAAUUUUCUAUUCCCAGAAGGAAUGAUCUCUUUAAGUGACAUUUUUAGUAAAUCAAAUAGUUUAUUAUACACAAAGCCAUUAGAUCUUUCAGUGCACUUAGGCUUGAUGUUUUAUUAUGUACAUGGUAUUUUUUGUGUUAAGAGUUGAACAUUAAAAAGGGGCAGGAUCAAAAGACCUCUAAUUCACGUCUUUCGAAUGAGCAAGCAGAGUAAUGAAAUCAUAAUAAAUUUCAUGAAAAAAAAUUCAAUAUCUUUGUCCUAGUUUCAAGUGAAGGUUCAUGACCUCCCUGGUGGGAACAGUGGAAGCAGUCGUGGUGGAAAUGCUUUAAAAUUCUUUACUACACACCAACUCAAGGUAAAGUGCUCCACUCAUGCCUACUGUCAAAUAAGCCAUAAACUGCCCAGCCCACCUGAUUUCAAUUAUUCCUCAACAUUAUUUACCAUUACUGGCCCUUAUUAUGCAUGAUGCAUUGUAAAUAAUGAUACUUUAAUGAAUGUAUUAUUUGUGUACUGAUAUAUUUUUGCUGCCAUUCUUACAAUUAUAGAAUUUAUUUAUAAGUUGAAAAGGUCUAAAAUGUAUAUGAUUACCAUUUUAUUGCCUUCAUCGGGGCAGGUUUUAAUGCUGGUAUUAACGUUAGUUAGUUUUUAGAGUUAAUUAAUUAAAAUAACUGUGCUUUGAUAUAAUUUAAAUGGUUUAGUUUUGUACAAUCUGAGAGUAUAUAUACCUAAAAAAAAGUAACUUCUAAAAUAAUUAUGACUUAGCUACUCAGAUUUGACAAGACUCCAAGCAUUACUAACAAAAAUGUUUUACUAUUUAAUUUCUUAAUGCUCAUGUAACUACUAUGGAAAAAUUUUGUAACAUUGAUCAAUAGUUUUGUUUUUGAAACAUUUAAUUUUCAUGAUGAGAAAAGGAGUUUUACAUCAGAAGUUAAAAUAAGCCUAUUCCCACACAGUGCCAACUACAGAGACAUCCUGCUUGCACUACACUGAAGCAGUGGAAAGGUGGGCCGGUCAAAAUAGACCCCCUAGCUCUUGUACAAGCCAUUGAGAAAUAUUUGCUGGUCAGAGGGUUUGGUAAAACUAGGGUGAGAAUUUAGUUUUUUUUCAUUAUACUGAAUUGUAUAUAAUCAUUCAUCCUGAAAGUUGUAGUAGGAAGGAAAUUGUGCUUAAUCUUGUGAAAAUAUGUUUUCUAAGAACAAAAAAAGUGGAACACAGAAUAAAAUUUAAAACAUAGCAUAAAUUUCAUUGCACUUAAUAUAAUUAUUCUAUAGAAAAAUGUCAACGGCUUUCUGUCUCAGAAGAUAAUUUAUUGUGUUUUGCUUGACAGGAAGGGGCUGAUGAAGACCUUAGUGAUGACGAUAACUCUGAUGAAGAGAUGGAGGAACAGAUGGCUUCCAUCAUGAUUUCAGCUACAUCUCCCAGGCACAGGCUUGAGUUCCUCAUAGGAGACCACAUCCUGCCUUACAACAUGACAGUGUACCAAGCAGUCAAACAGUUUGUGUGCCACGGGGGCACUGAGGUGGGUGACUUCAGUGAUGGUGACACUGACACACCAUUUGGGAAUACAAGCAUCUGGGUGCAGACUCACACUAUUUGGUCAGUAAUUUUUAAUAGACGAAAUUUUAAUUUACAUUUUUUAAAUUAGAAAAGAUGUAGAUUUGUCAUUAAUGUACAUUGUAGAGUUCCAUAUAUAAUACACUACAUGUUACAUAACCCUAAAAAAAUAUUAUUACCUGAUAUUAUCUGUGAUAAGUUGUUUCUUAUUUUAAGGGCCUUAAUUUUUCAUGUCACUGAAUUUUGAUGGAUAGAUGCAUGGUGACAGUUAUUUCUAUUAAAUCAUGUCUCUUUCAAAUAAUUUGUUAUACUUGUGUGUUUUAAUUUUUUUGUUGUACAUUUUAAACUAAAACUAAAAAAUCAUUUUAAGAAUUUAAAAAAAAAAAAAUUCCAUUAUUGAUAGGUAUCGGCCAGCUACAGAACAAGAGGAAAAUAUGGCAACCAGUCCUAAGAAAACAAAAGCUGAGUCCAAAGGCUCAAAAUCUACAAAGAAAAAAGGUAAUGUAUUAGCAAAGGUAAUCCAUUCAUGCCUUGUCAAACUUCGAUGUUAGUAAAAAGGAUACAUUUUAAAACUUCUUUUUUAUGUACAUGCUGGUCUUCUAUUUCUAUCUUUAUUAAUAUUUUCUCUUUAAAAAAAAAAUUAUUUAAAAUUCCCCUUUAUGCAUUGAUUGUUAUUUUUGUUUCUCAGAUUCUCGAGCCAGUAGUCCAGUUAUUCAGCCUGUCCUACAGAAUUUCCUUUCAGACAAGCUUCCCCCAUCAGUCACUGUCCAAGAUGCUUCACUGGAGACAAUAGCAUUGUUGAGGGUGCUGCAUGCACUCAACAGACAUUGGUCAUCAAUGUAUGAUGUAAGGCAAUGAAGAAAAGUUAAUUUAUUUUUCAGCUUAAGCCAGUCAAUAAAUAUUAUUGGAAAUAAUCCAGUGAUGUAAUAAAUGUGAUGACUACUACCUAGAAAGUGUACAUAGAGUGAUGAUGAAUGAGACAGAAACAAUUAGUGUAAUAUCUUAAACCACCAACUGCCAAAGCUGACUAUCAUCAGCCGUUAUGGCUGUUUCUGUUGUGUUACAGCUCAUAAAAUCGCAUAUCCUAAAAUUAAUAUUAUAAAAAAAAGAAUCAGACCGUAUAAGGGUAAUAUUUUUUUUUUUUUGAAAGGGGGAUAACUCUAACAAAAUAGAUGAUGUCAUUGUUUUUUUUUUUUUAAUUUUGAAGGUAGCUGCAAUUUUUUGAGUUUUUUUAUUUUAACUAAUGUGUAGGUCUCUAAUUUUGGCCAGGGAAAAGCAAAAGUCUAAUUUAUAUGAAUUAUGGCUUUAUGAAAUUGAUUUGAAUAUAGUUUUGUUGGCAUUAUUCAUGGUAGUGAUAAUUUGAUAGUGCAGCAGGCAUUAGUAGCAGUUCAACGUCUAAUAGUGGAAGUAGUGGAGAAUAGAGUACAGGUACUAAAAAUUAAUAGGCAAUAUAUAAAGAAAUAUGUAGGUCAAUAAAUUUAUUUUAUUUUAAAAAAAAUUUCUUUAAACCCAAAAUACUUUAAAUAUUCUUAACUGAAAGAAUGUUUUAUGUGUCUGAAAAACUUAUUGAGAUGAUAAAAAGGACCCAAAAAUCAAUGUGGGCGUGUGUUGAACAAAGAUAAACAGUAGCACAAUUGUAUUCUUCGUUGAGAGGUCAUAAUCAUAUUUAUUUCACAUAGCUAACUUUUCCAACAUUCAUACUAUAAGAUUUGUUGUAAAAUUCACUCUCAGAAUAUCUAUACUUAUAGUCUUAUAGGGAUUAAUUCUCUAUUAGUUUGGGGUAUUUUAGUGAUCAAAGUUACUCAAAAAGAGUUGACACCAAGGCACGUUUGCAUUUAACAGUUGGGUUUUAAAAAAAAUAUUUUUUUUGGGUUAAAUUUUCAGUUGAAGUAAUAGCUGUAUAGACUGAGUUUCUGAAAGUUUUCAGCUGAUAAAAUUUUAUCAUAACUUACUGUUAAAAAUAACAAGUUUUUAUUAUUAUGUUAUUUAAUAAUAAAUUUAAACACAUAUUUUAUAUAAAGCAAUUCAAAGUAAAAGGUGGAUAAAAAUUAAAAUAUCUACACAUAAAUGCCAUGACAGAAAUUAUUAUUUUUCUAUUUUGUGAUUAUGGAUUUAAGUCUCUUAUCGUUUAAUUAGCCUCACUAUUUUUUGUUUGUGGGCCACUGUGUUUAAUUCUAUUGUAUCUUAAGUGUAAUAGUUAGCUUUAUGGCUUCACUAUAGAUUAAAUAUGGGACAUAUUCAAAUGAAAGGAAUACUGUGUGAGUUUAUAUUUACUGUUAAGACUUUUUGGUUGUAUCUGUGAACAGUCAUCUCUUUUUUUUUUGAAGGUAUCAUUCCUGCCGUCCCCUAUCUUAGCCAACACUGAGUUCAUCAGCAGCAAACUGACAGCCAAAGCAAACAGACAGCUCCAGGAUCCGCUCAUCAUCAUGACAGGCAACUUGCCUAACUGGCUACCUGAGAUUGGACAAGCUGCGUAAGUUUUCUUGACUUCUUUAUUUACAAGUUCCGUAAAAGCAAUCUUUAGGAGACAACCAAGUAUGCAUAAAUAAUGCAUAGAAAAGUUUAUUUUCUCUAACUCCAUUAAUUAAUAUCAUAUCUCUGGUAUUCAUUACUUUGAAUAACACUAAAAGUUAGGUUAGACUAAAUAAAUGAAAAAAAUUUGACCUAGCUUUCCCAUGUUAUCUAUGCAUAUAUUAUAUCAUUUAUGGAUUAGACCAGUGCUGUCCAACCUGUGACCCAUGAACUGAUUUUGAAUGAGAAAUUUGUAUGAUGUAUGUAAAAAAAUAAAAAAAACAUAAAGGGGUGAAAAUAUUUUCAAACCACAUUCAUUGAUUUAGUAUUGUUGGGAAAUCACGUGAGAGCUUGGAAGAAGUUGUAACAUAGAAAGGGGGGGGGGGUGUCACAAAAGCUAAGGAGUCAGUUGGCUUGACAGGUAGCAGUAAUAAAUACUAAGCAAUUCAGCAGAGCAACGAUUAUUUGGGAACCUGGUCUAAAAAACAUCAGAUACCAUAUUCUCCUUCUUUCUGUUGAUUGUACAGGGGAGGCGUCGCAGGGUAUUGGAUAUAAUUAAUGACAGCGUUUGGAAAGAUGAAUUGGGGAACCAAAAGUAACUUGAUGUGGUCCAUGUAAAAAAUGUCCAUGCCCCCACAUCGGGGACCAAGUUAGAUGAAAUAGGUUGGUGAGCAUAAUGAAUUAACUUGUGCCAAGAAAGUAUUUGGGUCAGAGUAAUCCAGAUGGGAAUUAGGGUACUAAAGGUGUCACAAUGGAAUGGGGCAGUGUGAACCAUUUAUGGUGCCAUGUUAUUUAAACAGGAAGUCUUGCCAGGUAUGUGAGAGUGUGUCCAUCCUGUGUUGUUGCGACAUUGGGGAAAGUAACUGGCAUUCAGAGAUCAAGAGUAUGAGAUGUUCAAUAAGUAGAAAGCAGAAUACACGCUGUGAUUGUUUGUAGUUAGUGGAAGAAUUUUGUGAGACAGUACGAACGAUUCUUGAAAGUAUUUUUUUUGUAAACAUACUUAAGAAUGUGUGGCAAAAUGAAUUCUGGAUGGGGUAUGUUUCUUCUGAUGAAUUUUCCCAGCUAUGUAAAUGUUGGAACAAAAAUGUUGACCAUGUUUUUGGAAGCACCUUACAUCAGUUAAGCUGGAUUCUCUGUCAUGACCAACAUCAAGUCCAAAAAAAAAAGGAAAUGUCAUGCUUUGACUUCACUGGUGAACAUUAGAAAAUCUAAUAAGGGCAGGUGCUACUGAUAACUACCUCAAAUUAAGACCUUUGCAUGUACAAUUCAAAACUUAAUAUAUCAUUAAAAAGGGCUAUAGUUUUUAAUCAUUUUAUUUAUAUUCUUGAUGAGCCAGUAAUGCUAUUGGAUAUUUAUUACUCUUUAUGCAAAAGGUAAGAAGUAUUAAUAAUUUUUUUAAAAAUUCUUUUGAGAUGCCAUUUGAGACACUCAGGUUCCCGGAAAGUUUUUUUGGCCCACAUAGUCAAAAAGGUUGGACACACUGGAUUAGACUAUUUUUGAUGCUGUUUUUUGUUUGAUCUUUUCUCAACAAAUAAUAUUCCAAUGAGGAUGGGUUUAAACAGUUAAUGUCUAUAGUUUUUUCCUAGUAUUUGGAGGUUUCAGAACCUCAGAGAUGUCAGUGGGCUUUAGAAAUUUGGUUUUGGGUUUAUAUUUAUACAUGUGCUUGAACAUAAUUAAAAUAUUCAAUUAAUAUAACUUAAUUUUAUUGAUUUAAAUUAAUUUCUUCAGGCCAUUCCUGCUCCCCUUUGAUACAAGACAAAUGUUAUUCUUUGCUACAACCUUUGAUCGUGACCGAGCAGUGUUAAGGUUGCAGCAAGAUCAAGCAGGAGAAAGUUCUACACAUGAUAGUGAGAGAGUGGGACCUCGGCUGGACAGAAAGAGGGUCUGAUUAAUACUAUAAAAUUAAAUUAAUUAAAAAUUUGUUUUUUCACUAAUAAAAAUGAUGGAGUGAUUGAUUUGCACCCACUAUGGCAACUGGGGCAUUAAGAUUUUUCUGCGACAUGACCAGGUCUUUGACCUUGUUUUCAUUUACUUGUAAUUGGAAUUGUGAUUAUUGUUAUGACUCUGAGGUAUAUUUAAGAAAUUUUGGAACAUUUUUAUUUCUUCAAAAAACUUUAGCAAAUCUUGUUUAAAGUAAUCUUUUUAAUUAAUACAGAAAGAGGUCAGCCGUAAAGACAUCCUCAAACAGGCAGAGAAAGUGAUGGAGGACAUAGGCAAUUCUACCAAUGCCAGGACAAUGCUAGAGAUCCAUUAUGAAAAUGAGGUAACAGGGAUCACCUCACUUCUCUUUAGUGCUACUGGCCCCCCCCCCCCCUCAAAUCAUCAGUCAGAAUAAAAUGAUCAUCAGAUUAAACAAAUUAAUUUCAAAACGCAAUUAUGUGUUUAACAGCCUCAGUGCAUCAUUGUUGGUGAGGAGGAUGGCACGGAGGAAGACAGAAGAAAGACAGAGGUGCAUUCAAAAUGAAAAUUGAAACCUAAUUAAAUAAUGAUAAAAACAAAAGCUAAAAAUAUUCAAAGCUAAAAAUAUUCAAUUCAAUUGUCAAGUCUGUUCUUUUCUGUUCACUGUGGCAUCUACUUAACUCAUAUAAAAUUUGAAAUUAGUCCAACAUCAAUAUUAAGUUCUGUUUUCUUUAUUUUUUGCCUUGUACAGAUGAAGGCUGUGAGUCUGUAUAGUCUAUAUUUUAUUUCUGAUCAAAUUUGAACUAUUUUGACACCCUGUGUUUAAUUUAAAGUUCUAAUAAAUUGGGAAAUUUGUAUUCAAUCUAUUGAUUAUGUAAAUCUUUUUUAAAAUAAUUUUUUUUUUUUAAAGCUAUGUGAUCAGCAUGCUUUUAAUUUUAUUAAUCUCUCAGGUUGGAACCGGUCUUGGUCCUACACUUGAGUUCUAUGCCCUGGUCUCCAAAGAACUGCAGCGUGCAGAUCUGGAACUCUGGCGGGGAGACAGUGUCACAGCCACCAACCCAGCAGACCCCAAUGUCAAGCUUGACUACACACUGUCGGCCUGUGGUCUCUUCCCAUCCCCCCUGCAUCGCAGCUCCAAGGCUGCACAUGUAAAUAAAGUCAAAGCCAAGUUUAAAUUCCUUGGAAAAUUCAUGGCUAAAGCUCUGAUGGACUCGAGAAUGGUAAGUUUUUAUGCACUUUGAAGGUUUUCAGUCAGACUUAAAAAUAAUAGCUCCUUUUUUUAUUGUUUUUCCACCAUAAUCUACCAAAUUAAAAACAGAUUAUGGUGGAAUUAAUUUCUAUUGCUAUUUUCAACAGAAUUAAGUGUAGAAUUUGGACCGUAUUUGACUUUAAUUUUAACGUUCAUUUUGACCAUGGGGAUUAUUUCCUGCAACUUUGUUAACCACUUUUUUGUAUUUCAUGAGUUCAUUGAGAGAAAAGUUAAUUGGCUGAAGGGAGCUAUGUGAAGUGUAACUAUUUAAUUUUUUUCAGAAAAAUUUAAAUGAAAUGAUUAAAAUUUAACUUCUUUUCUGAAAAAUGUACUACAUAUUUAGACAUUGUUUUUUAAAUUUUAUUCUAAAUCCUGUUAAUUAGUCCCAAUUUUUAUUUCAUCAUUUCUUGUUAAAUUUUUUCUUAUCAAAUUUAGAGAGCUUUUAUUAAUUCAGUUAUAAAAAGGAUUUUAAAAAUUUUGUAUAGCGGGCACCGUAAGAUAAUUAGAAAAAUGUUGGAAAAGUAUUUAAUUAUUUUGUAAAAUUUAAAUACAGACACGGAGCAAUCUUUUUUCCCGCAGAUCGAUUUACCGCUAAGUAGAGUGUUCUAUAAAUGGAUCCUGGGCCAGGAGAACUUUCUAUCAUCCAGUGACCUGUAUCAUGUUGAUAGAGUGCUAGGCCGCUCCUUUCAACAGCUGGAGAACAUUGUACAUGAGAAGAAACAGAUUUGCAGUGAUAAGUCAUUGACAGAUGAAGGCAAGAAACAGGCUAUCAACAACUUGACCAUGGAUGGCUGCUCACUCGAGGACCUGGAUAUUUACUUUGUUUUACCUGGCAACGAAAAUAUUGAGUUAUGUAAAGGGGGCCGUGAUAUUCAAGUGGGUAUUGACAAUUUGGAGGAGUAUUUGCAGGUAGGUCUUGCUGUUAAUUUAAGUUUGUAAUUAUAAGUAUAAGUUUCCAAGCUCCUGAAGCUGUAACCAGUUGACUUAGCUUAGCAUAUACACAUAAAUGUUUCCAAGUUCCAUGAGUAAGAUCAAGCUCCGACAAUGGUUCCAAAAAUUUUAUUCCGCCAAGCACAAAGAAGUCUGCUAAAAGGUGUCAUUCACUAGUAUCAUAAAAGAGUGCAAAUAAUACAAGGAAUCAAUACAUAAUUUCAUUAUGAUUUUUAUUGUUAUUGAAAAUGAAAAUUUAGAUAAUUUAUGCACAGCAUAUGUACAGUGCAGAAGGCUGCAUUGACUGCAGCAUAUUUUCUUUCUCUGAGAUUUUAGCCCAGACUUUUAAUUUGAAAGAAAAUUUUACAAGUCAAAAUCUUGGUUUAUGGCUCUGUAAGUUUUUCAUAGUGAUAAAAGUUUAAAAUGAUAACAUCUGAACAUCACUCAACCCAGGCUGCCAUAUUGAGAUACAAAUUUGUUUAAUGCUAAUAUGAUGCCAAACUUGUGGUCAAGCAUUGGCUGGUGCACACAAAAAGUUUGGCAGGUCUAAGGCUCAGCAUUUCAUUUAAGCUUUUUCAUGGCUAAGAAUAAGCAUUCCCAGAUUUAAUAUGCACUUAAAUAUAAUCAUUUCUUUUUUAAAUCUCCAUCACCCACAGCUUGUAUUACAUUGGAGUCUUGUUGAGGGAAUCAUUCGACAGUUUGAAGCAUUUAGGGAUGGCUUUGAGUCUCUCUUCCCAUUAUCUACUUUACAGUGCUUCUACCCGGAAGAGGUAAGAAUUAGUUCUUAGAUUUUUUUAAUUUUAAAAUUUCUAUAUUGGAUUAGAAUGAAAAUAUAACAGAGUUCAUUUUUUGUUUUUUUGUGCAUUAAUGCCAGUUCAAGGAAAUUGUGAAUAUAUUUAAUUUGUAGAGCUUAAGUUCAAUAAAUCAUUAAAGAAUUACCUUAGCAUGUGAUUUCAUUAAGAAAAUUUCAAAUAUAUCCAAAGAAAAUUUUAUUAAACUUGAAUAAACCAUUGACUUGUCCAUCUAGAAUUUUUAAAAAUAUAUUUAAUCAAUUGUGAUGUAUGAGGAUGCAAUAAGUUGUGAUGAGUAUUUAAUGUCUCUUAACCUCGUUUGUCCACAGUUGGAGCAGCUAUUCUGUGGUAACAUAGCUGAUGUGUGGGACGUUCGUAUGCUGAUGGACUGCUGCAGGCCAGACCAUGGCUACACACAUGACUCACAGGCUGUCAAGUUCCUCUUUGACGUGCUCAGCAGUUAUAAUAACACAGAGCAGAGAGAUUUUCUUCAGUUUGUCACAGGUUCACCAAGACUGCCUGUUGGAGGUGAGUUAAAGUCUAUAAAAAUAACACAGCCACAUUUUUGUUAUGAUGGUGAUUAUGGUGUUGCUUUGUGUUUUCACAAUGACCUCACUAGACACGGCAACAAUAAUAUUAGGAUUGUUUCCCCAGUGACGAUUUUAGUCCAUCCUCCCUUUUGUUUGCUUUGGUGCUGUAGUUUGGCUGAACUGCAACAAUUGCAAAUAACAGAAAAUUCGUGUUUUUUAAUAUUUUUUUUAAAAAAUGAGAACGCAUUCACAACCUUUCAGCACAGCAACAUUAUACUUUAUUAUUUGUUAUAGGAUCAGAAAGGGACUUUAAAAUCUAUUUUUAGAAUUAAAUCUAAAUUUCCUUGGUAGGUUCUGUAAAUGACAUCCUAAUUUUAUUUUAUGCUGAACUGACUUAAAAUUUGAACCUGUAAAAUUUUAACCCGUAACUUAAUUUUUAACAAUAACAGAUUAUGUUAAUGUGCUCUGCAUGUUGACCCAGAAAAUUAAUUGAUAUCUAUAGCAGAUACAGGUCAGCAAAAAAAGAUAUCACAGAUUGCAAUAUAAACAUCAGUCAUCUACUUUUGAAAGUUACCUUUUUUGACAUCAGCUCAAAUCAAUCCCACUAGACACCAGUUGCGAGUAGUUAUUGUAUACAUCUUGUUUACUUUAUGUUUAUUUUUCACUAUUGAGACAAUAUUGUAAGAUUUUAGGAGUUUGAGUUUGAGGGUAACCAGGUCUGUGUUGUAAGAUUUUCAACACACUUGUCAUUAAAUGCAUUUAAUUGUGUCUGAAACGACAUAGUCCUAUUCAACCGAUUCCACAGUAAAUCCCAAUUUAUUGGGAUAUUUGUCAAGACUUUUGUACAUCUGUCCAUUACCUCACUUAACAAGAAUCUCUCAUAACUGUGACUGUCUCUAACUUAUGCGAUCUUUAUUAAAAAUCAUCCAGGUUUCAGAAGCCUAAAUCCACCUCUGACCAUAGUAAGAAAGCAGCCCGAAGGCUCCGAUGAUCCGGACAGCUACCUCCCCUCGGUCAUGACAUGUGUCAACUAUCUCAAGCUUCCAGACUACUCCUCAAUAGAGGUGAUGAGAGAGAGGCUCAGCAAAGCUGCCAAAGAGGGGCAACUCUCAUUCCACUUGUCCUAGUUGUAGUGUGCUCUCUUGGUGAAUGAAGAUAAACUUUCUCAGGCUGGUUUUUACCCCCACCCUAACUAUAUUUUCUUCUUCAAGUAUUACUAUUGUGCUUCUCUGGAAAUAGCUGUGUGACCUGUACAAACACCUAGGAAAUUAAACUGAUGUAAAUGUUUUAAGACCAGUUGCCGUGAUUAAAGCUAUACAGGAUGGAUGAACUUGUUUUUCUUGUAAUGUUGUCUGACUGUAUGUAUAGCUCUUGAAGGUGAAAACUGAAAACAAAAUUAAAAUGUGGAUUGUCAUCAACUUCUAUUUCAGAUUUAAGAUGAAGAUUUAAGAUGAAAAUCUGAUCAUAAAUAUGCUGUGGUGUUUGUAUUUUAAUUGCUUCAUAAUAUGUGCACAUAUGUCAAUUGCAACACACAUAAAAUUAGUCUAGAUUACAUUGUUGUGUGGAGGGAGAACAAGCUUGUGACAGAAUUUUCAUUAAUAAAAAAUAAUAAUUUAACCAAUAUGCAUUCAUAAGUAAUCAACUCUAAUAAAACUAUAUUUAUUUUAAUGAGGAGGGAGAUAGG